GGAGACACAACCUCACAAAGGCAAGCUAGUAGUACUAGUCGUAUUUCACUGCCAGGCUAAGAAUAACGAAGAAAGGAAGGUUGUGACAUUACCGUUAGACGCGAGCUUAAUUUGAAUCCCACGUGGCUUAAUCAAGACGCUCCAAUUUUCUUUAUGAUCACCGAAGGUCAGAUAGCACAAGACCACCACCAAGCGGAAAGCGAAACCAGCAACGAUGGCCGACAAAGACAACGCGAACCCCAUCGUCUACGCCCAGUCUUCGAAUCCUGUGGGAAGAGGGACCGACAACGAGGACGAGUGGUGGCGAGAUGCAUCGAUGGGCCACUCCAAGAUGGCGACUGCGCUCACUGGCGCUUCGUCGCGGUGGGCCGGGAGAGACGGCGAUUCCGGGUACGGGAGCGUCGAUGAGGACGACGAAGACGAGAAGGAGGCUGGUGACUCAGAGAUGAAGGAGUCACAGAGCGACUCAAUGAUGAAGAAGGAGAAGGAGGACAAAGCAGAGCCAAUCGACAGCCAGGAAGUCUUUGACUUGAUCCGGUCUAUUUCGGACCCGGAGCAUCCUCUGACUCUCGAGCAGCUUGCCGUAGUCAACGCAUCCCACAUCACAGUGACGCCUGCUGACGCUGAGGCGCACCAGGCUCCUCACAUCCUCCUCGAAUUCACCCCUACGAUCCCGCAUUGCAGCAUGGCGACGCUGAUUGGCCUGGCGCUGCGCGUUCGCCUUCUCCGUGCACUCCCAACUCGGUACAAGGUCGACAUCAGGGUCAGGCCGGGGACUCAUCAGUCGGAGCGCGCCGUCAACAAGCAGCUCAACGACAAGGAGCGUGUGGCGGCCGCCCUCGAGAACCAGCACCUGCUCGGCGUUGUGAGUGACUGCCUUGCCACGGCCGGCCGGCGCGGCGCGUCAGAGGAAGAAGCGCUCAAGCGGGCCGACGACCUCGCCCUUGAGCUCGGCAUUGCGUCCUGACAAGAGCGGAGCACAAGAGAGGUGACUGGUGGCGACUAAUGUGCAAAGUUGUAACAUAUUAUCUUUACAUUGUGAAAAUGGGGCCUAG